UCUCUUAAACGGAAAAAGCAGCAAAACUAGGCCAAUAAAACCAGAAACAUGCAUAAUCAAAAUCAAAUCCUCUCAAUCACUAUUCAAAACCCAACAAAUAACAGAUUUUGCGACCAACCCAUUUCAAUUCCCACCCCCAAUAACAAAACCCAUAUUCCAAUUUUCAAUCUUCACCAUCAACGGCAAAUCUUCAUUUUCCGGUAGUCCCAAUGCCGGAAAUUGAAGACCACUCGCCACCGUCUCCGACGGAGCAAAGGGCUCUGUUCGGGAAAUACGACCUUGGAAGGCUCUUAGGAUGCGGCGCGUUCGCGAAGGUUUACCACGCGCGGAACCUUGAGACUGGAGAAAGCGUGGCGGUGAAGAUCAUAAACAAGAAGAAGUUACAGGGAACCGGUUUAGCCGGUAACGUGAAGCGAGAGAUAAACAUAAUGAGUAGGUUGCAUCACCCUCACAUCGUGAAGCUCCGCGAGGUUCUUGCGACGAAGACGAAGAUCUUCUUCGUAAUGGAGUUUAUUAAAGGUGGUGAAUUGUUUGCGAGGGUUUCUAAGGGGAGAUUCUCGGAAGAUCUGAGCCGUCAGUAUUUUCAUCAGCUGAUCUCGGCCGUUGGACAUUGCCACUCGCGUGGGGUGUUUCAUAGGGAUCUUAAACCGGAGAAUCUCUUGCUUGAUGAACAUGGCAAUUUGAAGGUUUCGGAUUUUGGAUUGAGUGCAGUUAGGGAUCAGAUACACCCUGAUGGACUAUUACACACGCUGUGUGGGACCCCUGCCUACGUGGCACCGGAGAUUCUAUCGAAACGCGGCUACGACGGUGCCAAAGUUGACGUAUGGUCAUGCGGCGUCGUUUUGUUCGUUCUAACGGCAGGGUACUUACCGUUUAAUGACCCAAACUUAAUGGUUAUGUAUAGAAAGAUCUACAAAGGAGAGUUUCGGUGUCCACGUUGGAUGUCACCGGAUCUCAAAAGAUUCCUCCGGAAGCUUCUAGAUGUUAACCCAGAGACAAGAAUAACUGUCGAAGAAAUGAAAAAGGAUCCGUGGUUUAGAAAGGGCUACAAAGAGAUUAAGCCUUAUGAGGAUGAUUAUGGGCUUGGGCUUGGGGUUGGGCCCAAUAAGGUCUUGAAUGCCUUUGAUAUAGUAACUUUUUCUUCCGGUUUGGAUUUGUCAGGGCUGUUUGGUGAUGUUGGUAGUGGGAAGGGAGAGUGGUUGGUGGUUAGGGGGUUACCGGAGGAGGUGGUGGAGGUGGCGGAGGAGGUUGGGGUGGCGCAAGGGAUGGCGGUGAGGUGGAAGAAGGAGGGUGGGGUUGACUUGGGAAGGAUGAAAGGGCAAUUAGAGAUUGGGGUGGAAGCUUACCGGCUACCGGCCGAGAUGGUUUUGGUUGAGGUUAGAAAGAAGUUUGGGGAUGACGUGGCUUUUAGGGAACUUUGGGAGAAUAAACUCAAGCCUAGGUUCCUCUUGUUAAGAUGUGGUUCCGAUGUUGCGACCACCUCGUCGCAACAUAACGAGGAACCAGAGUCUCCGGUUCUAAACGAACAAAAGAGAAACAAUAAAGCAGAAGUGAUUUAUGAUAAAUGUUGAGACAAAUCCUGAAAGAAUUGGGUCAAAAAAAUCUUACCCGAUCCAAACUAGUUCAAUGCCAAUUUAAUUGGUUCGAUUUAAAUUUGUCUUUAAUUUAAUCCAAUUCGACCCCAGAACAUCCCUAUCAAACAUAUUAUUGUUAAAUGAAGUGUGAUCUACUGAUCUCACACAAGGGUUCAUACAUCCAAUAAUAGAUGGAGUGGGGUCAACGAGACUCCAUCUAAUGGAUGAUGGGAGAUGAAUUGAGAAUUUCGGAUGAUGUUUGAAACUCAAUUGAAGCUUCUUAAAACAACGAACGAAGGUUGGUGGUGGGGCAGAUGAUUGAUUACCGUCGCACAUGCAUCGGUUUGGGACUUGAAAAUGAAGAUGGUGGGUUAGAUUUGGAAAUUUUUGGAUGGUAGUGGCCUCUCAACAAUGAUUAUAUAAGAAUGGAUUUAUUUAUUUAUGUAAGAAAAGUAGUAAUAGAUAAGGGAGGGAGUAUGUAAGAAAAAAUGAUAGACAGAUUCUUUUGACGUAGGAACUAAAUUUUUUAACAUAUGCUAAGGACUCAAUUUUCUAGCUUUGUAAGAAAAAAUGAUGUACCAAAAAUGGAAAAAUCAUGCACGUGUUAGGCAUGUUUUUGCAUUGAGGUUACCAUCAGAAUAUGUAAAUAAGUUAACAUACAAGCUACAAAUAAUGGAGGAUAGAAUCGAAUCCAAAAGAAAUUUAAGAAUGCA